UCUCCGCUCUCUACCUCUCGAACCGGCCGUCUAACUUCAAACCAGACUACAAUCAAAUAACCACAUUGAUACAACACAUCCGUUACCCUUUACACUUGUGGGAAUGGGCCUGUAUGGAUAGGGCUACAUGGAAAUGUUUCUUACAGAAGAAAUAUGAAAAGCAUAUGCAUAAUCAUGGUAACAAUUGAAAGGGAACCGUUUUGGAGAUAAUGGGGAAGUGAUUAGACCGAAGUUGGGCACACCUGACACAAGACUGAAUCCAAACAUUACACUGUUGAUUUGAUGUGCAUUUUACUGUACUUUUUGCCACAUUUGUUGAAAACAAAAUCUGAAAAUACUCUGGAUAUAUUCUGUAACAUGACGAUAAUAUUUCUGGAGAAUGUGAGAUGGCGCAGGGGAGAACAAGCUCCACAGACUACUGAAGAAAAGAGAUGCGGGCGGAGGUACGAAGCCUGCGGGGUGGCGGUGGCCCCCUCCAAGGCCAAAGAGUUCCUGACCUCCCUACGGAGGCCCAAGAGGAACAUCUGGGACCGCAGCAGGCCAGAUGUGCAGCAAUGGAUCAUGCAGUUCAUGCACAUGGGGUAUGACGAGGCGAGGCUUGAGACUGACCUGUCCUACUGGAUGGACCUGGCCCGGUCGUCAGACCAAGGUCGCCAGCACCAUUAUGACGAGAGCGCCCCCAUCGGGCCCCAGGACCCCAGUUCAUACAGACACGGCGCCAAUGUCAAUUAUGACUACUAUUAAUUGGCCAGCUGUGAUUUACUCAGUUUCUCUGUCUCAACAUAACAAUCACAUGAGCUUAAAAGAGAGAGUUCUGAGAUUUUACAUAGCAAGAUAUGUGUUCCCUUAGACGACUUCAAAGUAAGGAAACAAAUAUGUUGUUUUGUAAAAAUCGCUGAACUGUCCCAAUCACAUGAAUGCUUCCCUCUUCUGCGACUUAUCCCUCUGAUGCUAUUCUGCACACCUACAGUAAUGUAGCCUUCUCUGUAAUGCAAGAAAUGGAGCUUAGACAUGCCUGUCCCCGACUAUGGAUUGGGUUUCACUGUCUCUACAUUGUAUCCUUUGCUGUCUGGGAGAUUGAGACCUGCUGAUGUACCUGCUGUGAUGGGACCACG